UGUCAAGGUCACUUAGGCUGAUUCUGUCCCCAACCAUGCCUAAAUUUCAUUUAAAAGAAUCAAUGUAAUCAAUUUCUUCUAAGAAUAUAUAAAGCAAUGCUGACAUCACCCUCUCAAGCAUGUUGCCUUAGCAAAGGACAUAUGUAUCAGCAAUAGUUGGAAUAAUCCUUAGACCUAAGGAGGGCUUAUUUAGAAGAGGAUAGGCAACCAGCUGCUAUCACUAGAUCACAGAAAGACAUAUUCACCACUCUGUGGAUCCACUUAGUCACCCUUCUUUGGAUUUUUUUAAAAAAAUCAAGACUGGCAGGGUUCAAGAGGAUACAUAUUAGCAUUUUGUCCAUGUCUUCUGCCUCGGAUGUUGAAAAUGGUUCCAUAUGAUUAAGUCAAGUGAUGAACUUUAUACCUCAAUAUUAAAACCAUGUUAAAAUUGGCAUGAAGAUGAAUGACACUUAUCACCAAAGUGCCUUUGCAGAUCUGUCACAGGAGGUUCUGGAGGUCUCUAGCAUGUUUUACAGGUACAAAUAUUUGCCUCGGAAACAGCAUGUUGCAAGAUGCGGUAAAGCCUUAUACACUUAGCAAGGAAGGGACUAUUCUUCAUAAUCAGACCGGGUCCCAUGGAUUUUCUACACUGCCAUGCUAUUAUAUCCUAUGACAUACAAUCAAGAUGAAACAGAUUUGCUGAAUUAAGCAUAGCCCCUAAUUAUAAUGGCUCAGAGAACUGAGUGGUACUGGAAGGUAUAAGUAGCCCCAAAGACCUUCUGGACUGGAAUGUUGGCAAACGAUAUGGCUAGUGGCUGCUUGUGCACCACCAUCUCUCUUGAUUCUCUCUGAUUACUUUCUGGGGACCCAGAAUAGGAUGGAUGAUGGACUUGUAAAGGGAGGAGCUAAUCUCCAUGGAGCCUUCUCUUCCCACCCCGUGGGUACGGAAUCCUUCCAGGAUCAGAAAACUGCUUCAGACAUCCCAAAGUUCUAUGCUUCUCAAUUCUAGCCUAGACACCAAGCCCAGAGAUGUGGCCUCUGAGUCUGUGGGUCUCUUCUUCAUGCUUUUGAUUGAUUUAACAGCUAUUGUGAGCAAUGUAGCAAUUAUGACAGUCAUUAUCAAAACCCCAGCACUGAGGAAGUUUGUUUUUGUGUUCCACCUCUGCUUGGUGGAUCUUUUGGCUGCUAUUACCCUAAUGCCUCUAGCCAUGCUAUCCAGCUCAACUUUCUUUGAUGGCACAGUCUUUGAGGAUGCCAUAUGUCAUACCUAUCUCUUCCUGAGUGUUUGCUUCAUCACCAUGUGUAUCCUUUCAAUCUCAGCUAUUAAUAUCGAGCGCUACUACUAUGUGGUGCACCCCAUGCGCUAUGAGGUCAAAAUGACUGUAAGCCUGGUGGUUUGUGUCCUGGUUGGUGUCUGGAUCAAGGCAGUAGUUAUGUCCAUCAUCCCUCUUCUGGGAUGGCUUUCCCAAGACCGUAUCAGUAGAUCCCUAGCCUACAAUGGACAAACCUGUUCCUUGCAGUGGAGCCGAAGUGCCUACUGCAAGUUUUUUGUGAUUUUCUUUGCUCUUUUCUACUUCCUCCUGCCGGUCUCCAUUAUUUUGGUGGUCUACUGUAAUAUGUUUAAAGUGGCCAGAGUAGCUGCUAUGCACCAUGGUCCACUCCCCACUUGGAUAGAUACCCCACGGCAAAGGUCAGAAUCUCUUAGUAGUAGAUCCACAAUGGUGACUAGCUCAGGAGCCCCUCGAACUACCCCCCAGAGGACGUUUGGGGGUGGAAAGGCUGUCAUCAUCCUCCUAGCAGUGGGGGGACAAUUUCUCUUCUGCUGGUUGCCCUAUUUCUCCUUCCAUCUCUACUCAGUGCUGAGCUCCCAUUUUCCUGGCCAGCAGACGGAGAAUGUGGUCACUUGGAUUGGUUAUUUUUGUUUCACAUCUAAUCCUUUCUUCUAUGGAUGCCUCAACCGACAGAUCAGAGGAGAGCUCAGCAAGCACCUCACCUGUUUUUUCAAGCAACCACCAGAGGAGGAUCUCAGGUUACCCAGCAGAGAAGGCUCCAUUGAGGAGAACUUCUUGCAAUUCCUGCAAGGGACAGGUUGCCACCCUGAGGCCAGAAAUGUUCUUACCCAGCCUAGCCCCAAAAGGGACCAAGCUACCAUUGAUUUCCGGAUCCCAGGGCAAAUUGCAGAAGAGACCUCAGAGUUCCUGGAGCAGCACAUGAACAGCGAUAUCACUGCCUCUGAUAACUACAUCAGAGUAGCACAUUCACCGAAGCCUGAGCUGUAGCUAGGUUUCUUUCUUCUUUUUUGCACUUGACAAUCUUGAUUUAUCGAUGUGUGAAAUGCAGAAUAUAGCAGCUGAGGAAGAAUGUGUAUGUUUGUAUAUGGGGGAGUAUUUAAUAAAUACACCAUGGCAAUUGGAA